CGGCCACGUCCGGGUGCUCCUGUCACCCAGCCAGAGGCCCAGCGGGCCACGUGCGUGUCUGCCGGCGGCUCCUCUGGGCCCGCUCCUUCCUUGGGCACCCCGUCCUCCGCCCCCUCGUCCCCCCAACCCCAGAGGCCCCUUCCAGGGCGUCCGGCCCACAGUGAGCUGAGACGGGACCUGGGACCCACCACUCGGGUCAGAGGGGGCAAAGGCUCGGGGCCUUUCCUCCCAGGGCCCAGCCACAGGGGGAAGCGACACCCAGAGGCUGAGCCCUCCCCCCCCCCGCCCGGAGGUGCGGUGCGGGAGGAGCCUGGGCCCCGGGUCCUGGGAGGAGGCGCAGCCUGGCCCUCAGCAGCCACCCUGCCCGCCAGCCUCUCCCACGGGGUCUCACACUCAUGCCGCCCGCUGUGUUUCAGGAUACUGUACCCGCAGCCCAGGGUGCUGACGCCCUCGAGGAACGACGUCCUCGUCCUGACCCCGUGGCUGGCGCCCGUCAUCUGGGAGGGCACCUUCAACAUCGCCCUCCUGAACGAGCAGUUCCGGCUGCAGAACCUCACGGUGGGGCUCACCGUGUUCGCCAUCAAGAAGUACGUAGCUUACAUCCCCUGGGACCAGGGCGACUUUUACUACCUCGGGGGCCUCUUCGGCGGGUCGGUGUCCGAGGUUCACCGGCUCACCACGGCCUGUCACCAGGCCAUGUCGGCCGACCGCGCCAACGGCAUCGAGGCCGUCUGGCAGGACGAGAGCCACCUGAACCGCUACCUGCUGGACCACAAGCCCACCAAGGUGCUGUCCCCGGAGUACCUGUGGGACGAGCAGCUGCUGGGCCGGCCGGCCGUCCUGAGGAAGCUGAGGUUCGUGGCCGUGCCCAAGGACCACCAGCAGAUCCGCAACUGAGGGCGGGAAGGGCUGGGGCCACGCUCCCUCUGGCCCCAGAUUGGAGCCUUGAUGGCCCCCGCGCUUCCCUCUUCUGUCCUUGGGGGGAGACUGUGGAUGCCUGGCACCGCCCCAACCCCCAAAUAUAGGCUGUGGGUACCUCCGCCCUGUCCCCACCUCGCUCAGGCAUACAGGAGACAGGCCCAUCCCCUGGGCAUCCAUCCGCUCCCACUGGGCGCUCCUGGGGCCCUUCAGCUCAGGUGAGGCAGGGGGCCCGGCCCCUGACAGAGGGGGGCCCAGAUGAAGUCGCUCCCAGGGAGGGCAUGGGCUCCUACCACAGUCCCAGGGCCCCGGGCACUGCUCGAGGCCAGUCCCUUCCCUUCCUGAGUCCUCCCAGAGCUGAGUGGCGCCUUCAGUGCGCAGGCCCAGGUGGAGGGGAGGAGGCCCAGGAGGAGGGGAGGAGGCCCAGGAGCAGGGGAGGAGGCCCAGGAGGAGGGGAGGAGGGAAGGAGGCCCA